AUGGCUCCAACACGAACCAAGGCUUCGAGCGUUGGCCAGCCGUCGCAGCCAGCGCAGUCGUCGCGCAAGGGCAAGAAGGCAUGGCGCAAGAAUAUCGACCUCACCUCCACCGAGGCUUUCCUGGAGGAGCAGCGCGAUCCUCUGCGCCAGACUGCUUCGGACGCGCUCUUUGUCGAGGACCGCUCCGGUCAAGAGACGCUCACUGCUCGCCAAGCGCGGGGCAAGCGCCCGCUGAAGAGCCUCGAGAUCUUGCAGCGAAACUUUGGCCACGCCGCGGUCGCGCCCGCCAAGAAGCAGAAGCAGGCUGCGGGCGUUGACAGGCGCAUGGAGCAGCGACUGCGCAAGAUGGUCGGCCGCCAGCAGGUGGGCACGCAGGGGGAUGCAUCUGCCAUUGUCGACCGCAGCGCCAAUGUGGUCAACAAGACGCUCGGCGACGUGUACGAUGUGUGGGGAAGCUCGUCGGGCGAUGCCAAGGGCAAAGCCAAAGCCGACGACUGGAUUCCGACGGGAGUGGCCAAGCCUGCCGUGCACGUACCCAAGACACUGCGUCGUGACGACUUUGACGUGGCUAGCAAGUUGCCUGCCGUCGAGCUGCCGCACCCAGGCUCGUCGUACAACCCGGACCUCGAGUCGCACGAGGCACUCAUCAACGAGGCGUACGAGAUCGAGAAGCGGCUCGAGGAGAACGAGCAGAUGGACCAGGCGGAGCGCACUGCCUGGCAGUCGAAGCUUGCCACUAUCGUCGCGCGCGAGGCCGAGCUGCGCGCGCAGAAGGAUGACGACCUCAAGCGAUACCGCGGCAUGGACGUUGACGUUCCCGGCCUCGGCUCUGACGACGAAGCCGCGGCAGAAGACGACCUCGACGACGCCAGUUCCGACGACGAGGGAGCCGAAUCCGCCGAGCCGAAGCGCAAAACUCGUCAGCAGCGUGUGCGUGCCAAGCGUGCACGCAUGCAGCAACUCGAAGCCGCCCGUCGCAAGCAAGCGCGCAUCGAAGCCGCAGCGAUCCUUCAGCUUCCUGCGCUCAAGCGUCGUCAAGCACGCCUUGCUGCUGCACGCGCGCAAGCUGCCGAGGCGCGCAAGCUGGAAAAGACGGCGCUCCUGGAACGCAAGGGUCUGGCGGGCCAUAAGGUGGGCAAGCACAAGGUGCCGCAGCAGCAGCUCGACGUGCAGACGCCCGACGAGCUCGCCGACAGCCUGCGCACGCUCAAGCCCGAGGGCAACCUGUUCCGCGACCGCUACACGCGCCUUCAGUCGCGCGGUGUCAUCGAACCGCGUGUCAAGCAGACGCCCAAACGCCGAACGCACAAACUCAAGGCGUACGAAACGCACGACUACAAAAAGUUCUCCUAG